UCGCUCGCAGAUCGGCAACGCGCGCAGUCAGAGAAGGCUGGGGCGCGGUCCGCAAGUACCGAGCGCUAUUCCGGGUUCGAUUGGCGUGUCUGUGCGUCCCUGCUGUUCAAUGUAGUCGCAUAGCCCGACGACCAUUAACGCAGCAACGACAAAGCCGAGCGCAGGUAAAAUAAAAAGAAGAGAAGAAGAAUCAUUGUCACCGCUCCUGCAACAAGAAGCGCGCCGAGAAAUACGAACAGCAGACAACCUGCCCAGAUAUCGAGGGGACGAUGCCUUAAUUAUGCCGACACCCCGCUGGGAGAAUUAAAGAUACGUUGGCGUGUUUUUUUUUUAUUUAAAACACAACUGUGAGAAUUAGAGCCAUUGAGGAAGAAGAGAGAGAGAGCGAGAGAGGGGGGUACGGAAGGAAGACACGCAACCCGACUCAAACCGAGUCGACAACUACGCGUGAGCCGACGCUGGUUUGCCGGGGCAUGCAGCUGCCCUGUGGCGCCGCUGCACUCGAGGCGUGCGUAACGGGCGUCGCGCCGGACAGGCGCUGUGGACGAGCGGGAGACCAGCUGGCGGCGAGGAUGCGGGAGGGCAGACCUCCACUCUUGCCCUUGCACCUCCUCUCCUGGUCUCUCGUCCUCCUCUGCCUGGCUGCACGUGGACACUCGCACCCGCAGCCCUGCCGCAUUCUCAAGCAGAUUCGCAGCACCGUCCGCCUCGCAGUGGUGCUACCCACCUCCUCCUCCGCCACUCUGCCCUCCUCCUCGGCGCAUUCCACGCUGCCCUCGCCGGCCACUCAGAGCCGCUCGCUGGACGCCGAGAGGGCCGUUUGGGCGGCCGCAAGCGAUAUCAACGCGCGGGGCCUCCUGCCGUACAACAUCACGCUGGACGUUCAGACGGCCGGCGGGCUGGGCCAGGGUCAUGAUCCGCAGACGCUGAUGCAGGAGCUAUGCCACGGCGUGGUGGUGCACGGCGUGGCGGCGGUGCUGGCCUUCACCGAGUCACCGCGGCGGUUCCUGCAGUUGGAGAUGAUGUCGGCCGCCCUCCAAAUCCCCUUCAUCAGCAUCAGCGACCAGGACUACAGCGCCCUGGCGCAGGAUUCCAACCGCCUGCUGCUGAGCUUCAGGACCCACCGGAGGACCUUCAUGGACGUGCUGGUCGAGCUGCUGGAGAUGCGCGGCUGGAGCGACGUGAGUCUCGUGGUGUGCAACGGCGACGUCCACUGGCACGUCUACGAGCAGUUCCUCAGCCACAUCUACGUCAACUCCACCUUCGACAUCCAGACGGUGCUCAACGUCAACCCGGCCGUGGGCCACCACGGCCUGGCGGAGCAGCUGCGCACCCUGAGGGGCGCGUCGGACACCAUCGUCAUGUUCGGCUGCGAGGUCGCCGAAGCCGGGGCCGUGUUCCGCGCCGCCGCCACCGCUCGCCUCCUCGCGCCCGCCUACCAGUGGGUGCUGGGCGACCCGCAGGACAUCGAGGGCCUCCGCAGGGAGGAGUUCCCCCUCGGGCUGCUGGCGUUCGGCCGGACCCGCGACCCGAACCUCUCCAACUACCUGGUGGACUCGUUCGAGCUGGUGGCGCGCGCCAUCCGGACGGCCGUCAUGGUGCGGCCGGACCUCACGCUCGUGCCCACGGUCACGAACUGCUUCGACCUGGACACGACGUCGGAGACGUCGGGACAGUACCUCUUCAGGUUCAUCACCAACACGAGCUUCGAGGGCAUCUCGGGGUGGAUCGAAGUGCAGAACGCGUCGAGGAUCACCGCGACGGCGCGCCACAACAUCUGGCACCUCCAGCACGACCUGUUGGGCAUUCCCACGUGGACCAAGGUCGGCUCGUGGGACUCCUCCGAGAUCACCAUCGAGCCGAGCCUGUGGCCGGACACGAGGGAGCAUGCUCGCAAGGGCCCGGGGGGCCCCGCCCGGCCCCGCCUGCGCGUGGCCGCGCUCGCCCACCCGCCGCUCGUCUCCACCGCCGACGCCGCCGACGAGGGGCGGUGCGCGACGGGACGCCCCUGCCUCGAGGCCGUCGCCGGCGAGGGGGCGGCGGCGGUGGCGGCCACCCCCGCCGAGUCGCUGGAGGCCGCGUUCCACGAGCUCCGCUCGGGCAACGGCAGCGUCGCGACGCCUGCGGGCGACGGCCGCCCCGGCCGCGGCGAGGGUCGUUACCGCGCCCGCUGCUGCUCGGGCUACGCCGUCGACCUCCUGGACAAGCUGUCCCACGACCUGCGCUCGUUCGACCUCGACCUGUACGUAGGCGGCGGCGACGACGUUGACGAGGAGGAGGCGGUGGUGGUGGACGAUCGGGGCAAGGCCCGCUGGACGUGGCCGCUGGGCGAGCUGUCGAGCGGCGCGGCCGACCUGGCGGUGACGCCGCUGGGCGCCGGGGGGCCGCGCGCCGCGCCGCCCCUCGAGUUCACGGCGCCGUUCCUCUCCAGCAGCCUCUCCAUCGCGGUGGCGCGGCGGCAGGAGAGGCGCCACCCGCUGGGGGCCUUCGCGCUGCCGCUCCACUGGACCGUGUGGGUGGGCGUCUUCGUCGCGCUGCACGCCAUCGCGCUCUUCCUCACGCUCUUCGAGUGCAGGACUCCGCCCGGGGCUCCUUCUCGCUGGCGGCCGCCCUCAGGCCUCUGCUACUCGGUGCUGUUUGGCCGCAACGUGGCGAGGGGGGCCCCGCGGUGCUGGUCCAGCCGCUUCCUCGUGGGCCUCUGGGCAAUGUUCUGCCUCCUGUGCUUCUGCAUCUACACGGCCAACCUGGCCGCGAUGUUGGUGGGAGGGAGGUCACGCGACGAGCUCACGGGGAUUCACGACCCCAAGCUGCAGCAUCCGUCGCACGGCGUGCGCUGCGGGACGGUGCGGGGAAGCGGGGCCGAGAGCUACGUGGCGAAGGUCUUCCCGGAGAUCCACGAUCACAUGCGCCAGCACAACGUGCCUUCCGCUUCGCAGGGCAUCGCCCGCCUCAGGAGUGGUCUGCUGGACGCCUUCAUAAUGGACAAAGCGCUGCUGGAUUACGAGGUCUCGGUUGAUCCCGACUGCCGGCUGCUGCAGGUGGGCAAGCCCUUCGCCAUGGAAGAAUACGGGAUCGGACUGAGAAAGGGAUCUGGGCUGACGGCCAACAUCUCGGACCUGAUUCAAACGUACAGGCUCAACGGGGACCUGGGUGCCCUGCACGACAAGUGGUACAAGCCGGGUCCCUGUGGGCAACACGGACUCAAAUCAAAGGAUAGCCAGCACAUGGGACUGAAGCAUUUGCUGGGACUCUUCAUCUUCCUGUGCGUCGGGGCGGCUGCGGCCCUGCUGACCGCAGUCGUCGAGCAGCUGAUGCAUCGCUUCGGCCUCCAGAGGCAGAGGCGAGCGUCUGGCAAGUCCAUGUCGGGCCACUACACCAGCCAGAGCUUCCACGUGACGCUCGACUCCCCCGAGGCCAAGACGCCACAGACCCAGCUGCAUCACAACACCGAGAUGAACAACAGCAGGACCGUGUACCGCGACCUGACCCUCGUCCCCGACAGCGCAGAGUUCGACUCCGACGCCCUGCAGCGCACGUUUCCCCGCCGCUCCAGCAAGCAGCAGCAACAGCAGCAUCAGCUACAGCAGCAGCAGCUGCAGCUGCAGCGCCACGCGUACCGCGAGACCCUCCUCGCCAGCGCGUCCGCCCCUCGCCGGGCGGCCGCCCUGGGCCACGGCCGCUACGCCGGCUCCAAGGCGUCGUGGGGCCAUCGGCUAUCGGCACCCAAGCGGAACCCGGCGGUGGCUUCCGCGGCGGCGGCCCCGUCGCCAGACUCGGGUUCGCCGGCGGCGAUCGCUUCGUCCGCGAGCGCCACUCCCGUUGCGUUUCAGCAGCAGCAGCAUCAGCGGCAGAGACAGGGCUUCCUGCCGGCCGACGGACACGUGUCGGUGCUGCGCGAGCUGUCAGAGCUCGACUGCGAGAUCGAGCAGAUCAAGGAGCAGCUGCGGCGCGUGACGACGCGGAGGGAGGAGCUCGUGUUGCUGAUGGACCAGCUCAAAAACUCCAAACUCUGAGCGCGGCUUAUACCCGCGCGGUCACGCGCUGAUGCUGCUGCUGCUGCUGGUGGCGGUGGUCGCUGGACGUAUCGAGACUAUGGACCCAGUAGGGAGCCCUCCGAUUGUUUUUUUUUUUCAGGGUUGUCCGAUGUUUUUGCUGCGAACGUUCCGGAAGGCCGGGGAGCUUCUUCGGGAACUGAGAGGAAGCACGUCUCGCUGUUCGGCACGACGCCCGACACGUCUCGCUCUGCCCGCAGAGUUACCAAAGCGCUCGGUUCCUGAACAAGGUCCCGGCACGUGUGGAGCAAAACGUCGGACGUCGCGCCAAACAGUGCGCGGUACGAUACCGAAGGCAAAUCGAGAGAGCGGCACAACCGCGACAAGCCACGCAGCAGUGUAACGGACUUUGUGAUUUAUAAUUCACGCUAGCUAUUUGUCUCGGAACGAUGAAGCCAAGGUUUUUUGGGAAGUUUUGCUGAAGUUUCUCAGAUGGAACCCUGGAAUAUCGAUUUGCUUCGCUAGAAGAAGAAAAAUAAUUGCUAAAAAAAAAGCGAUUUUAAAAAAGAAUUCUGAAACCUCCCGAAGCUUUUGAGCACUUUAUUUUAAGAAAAGCUGUGGAAUUAAUUUGAAUGUUGUUGUUAAUAAGGUGGGGGAUACACGCAUUGGCUGAAUAGUACUAUACCGUGUAUUCUAUAUGCAAAGGAUUAAAAGUAAAAAAUGUGCCCAACAUAUUGGAGUCCAUGCCCAGCAGGUGCAGAUGACUUCAAUAUAUUAAAAGGAAAAUGCUUUAGCAUGCAACAGGCAGUACACACUAGGUCUGGUAAAUAAUUUAAAAAAAGAAAAAAGACAGCUUUAAGCAAUCUUAAAAGAAGAAAAAAAGCCAUUGCUGCACUUGCCUGGAUAACAUUGCAAUUAAGGCAGGGUUGGAGGAUUACGCAAACAUCAUCGUGUGGUGUUUUUAUUUUUCAAAUGGAAUUCGUGAAAAAAAAUAUAUGGGCGUGUUGAUAAAUGCAUGCCGAGCUUGGAGAAGCCAUUUCGAUGGCGCUCCGGGCGGCUACCCAGCCGAUUCCGUUUUGCAUCCCCUGCAAAUGCGCCUGUCGGGGGCCAAUGAUCAGUAGCAGUGCAACGGUUAGCGCACGCGUCGCACUACCAACCAGGCCACCCGAGUUUGAUUCCGGCUCACGGCCAACACCAGUGGCGAUUAUCUCAAUCGGUCCUUGGCCUCCGCCUAGGUUGACACUCAGCCUCAAAUGAGCACUUGGUGCGGUGUGUGAACAUCGCCACUGGGGAGGCAAACGUGGCCGGGCAUGGUACUGGCCACCGACCCUCUCGUGUAGCGUGCCGGCCUUCAUAGGUGCUACUUGCCCCGACAGUCCGUGGUGUGAGCGGUGGAAUCCGCUUCACCGCAGUAAUCAUUAGAACUCGCAUAGACACCCACAGAGAGAUGUACGUGCUCACAUAGAGAGCCCGCAGUCUCGCACCGUCCGUCGCUCGCCUCGCGGAAUAAUUUCAACUUGUGACGCACCGCAAACUAUUCGCUCGCUCUCGAAGAGGGAGAGAGAGAAAAUAACUCGGAGGCACGUAAAAGCACAGACAAGCAGAAAAGGCAGCAAGGCUGUGAGCUGGUGCCAACUAUUGCCUAAGCUCUGCAGGCCUCUCUAUAUUAAGGUGUUAUAGGCCAAUUAAUUAGUGUUUGUAUCUAUCAUGUUGAACUUCUUUCACUCGUAAGUAGUCAACCGUGCUAAUCAGAGAUGCGCGGGAAAAACAACAAACUAAACACAAAAAGCAGUUCUAAAGAUUUUCGUUUUCAAUCUGGAUGAUGCUUUAAAAGUGCAUUGCUCAAGUGGCUUCCUAAUAUCGGAAGGAAGAGCUUUCCAGAUGGCCGCCAAAGCGUGCGAUGCAUUGACCACCGUCUUUGUUCGAUGGCGAGCCGAAAGCCGUUGCUGCGAGGAUGACCACCGGUGUUUGCGCGAUGGAGGCACGAGGAAGCACUUUGUGGUAGGAAACCGGAGCACGCAGAGAAAACUCGCGCGCCUGAAGGGGCAACGCUUGUCUCGUACAGACGGAACAGGUGGGCCCCACGUUUGGUCGACCGCCUUCUUCUGGCAAGCCAGGGUAUGGCUCCACCUCGAUGCCCACGGGGAGUUUCGCAGAGCGUGCGUGAUCCCCCAACCUUCUCCUCCACGGUGGUGCUUCAUGAAAGGCCACAUGUAUAGCCACCGACACUCGGCACGUUUGACAUUGUGUUGCGUAUUAUGGCAAAACAUUGAGGCAGAUGAUUGCUGGCUCCCAAAUAUAUGUAUACUACCCGGUUUUGAGUGCUGCAUUUUCUAAGACGUACAGAGUUGCCCCCCCCCCCCCCUCGUCUUCUCAGAGGCAAAAUGCUCAAAAAGUAAUUGGUCAAACUAUUUCAAUGCAGGACCCUCCUGCAAAAGAGUCUCGAGACUCAGUGGAGAGAGAUUUCCUGGGUAAAUCUUAAUCAGAAUCUUUAUAGUGGAGGAAUACGACGAGCUAUAAAGCUAUUUUUUUCACAAAUGUCCAGUAGGGCGGGCCAGAGAAUACUAAGGCUGCGUGGAAUAUUCGCUUAGUAUUCAAACUUGGCCGAAUACUGGGUCGGUUUUUAUUGUUUCUCAUUGCACACUUGGCUGAAUUGUAACAUGGGCAAACAUUCCGAGUCAAAUAUCUUGAACUGGCCCACGUUUUGGAGGCCACGUGAUCAUGUCACGUGACCAUGGUGGGGGGGGGCAGGUAAGUCGAAUGCCUAGGGAAUGGGAGCUCCAGAUGAGAUGCUCAUAUUUUUGCCAGAAAAACACAUUUAUUGGUGAUAUUAGUAAAAAAAAAAUAUCAAACAGUAAAAAUAAUACAAUUAGAAAUUUUACAUGAUGAAAACUGACAACCAAUUAACAGUUCAGAUGAUACCAGCUAAGGAAUCAGGAACGUGUAACAGCAGUGGUUGUUAUACGUUCCUUCAGCGAAGGGAGUGGAAGUGGUGGCGCGGCGGUUAGCGCACUGCACCAUGAACUUUGUGACCUGCGUUCGAUGACCCGGUCACGGCCAACACCGGUGGCGAGUGACGUGUCAACCGGUCCUCAACCCUCUCCCCAUCUCCCCCUCAAAAAAAUGGCACUAACCAGCGUGGUGAAGUAUGGUCGACCGACACGACGAGGAAGGGACCAUCAUCCAGCAGUGGAUAGAGGAAGGGCUGUAAUUGGUUAAUUGACGAAUUAUCAUUCUCCACGAAAUCAAAGUUAAUUUGGACAUUGUGUUUUUAAGGCACUAUUGUGCGUUUUAUAGCCACGAACGGCCAGCACUGUGUUUAAAAGGCGUUUAAGCAGUGGCUGUUGCAAUUUGAAAUGAAACUCUACAUAUUUUCAGGAAAAUUAAUCAAAGGCUUCAUAAUCAUCAGUAUCCACCAGAGGUUAAUGAGCAGUUUACCAAAACAUACAUAUGGGGGGGAUGUGCUGCAGAUUUAUUUAAUUUUUCUGAAACUUGGAUCGACUGAAAGAAAACUAGGAUGAAUAUUCAAUUGUUUUGUUCAUUUCGGAUUUAUCUGAAAAUGUGACAUCACAGGAAGUGACAUCACUUCCUAGACGUCACCACAUCUGCGUUUUUCAUGUAAACAAAAAAGUAUUAUCCCUCGACGGUAAAAUUUGCUCAUAUUAUUCUUGUUAAAAUUCUCAAAUGUCUUCUUGAAUAUCAUUGCUUCACUGACUGAACGUUGUUUUUUUCUAAAUGCCACACUCUUCAUACGGAUCGGUACCGUGUAAACAAGUCAAGUUAAGCACACAAAAGAGAACACGUUUGGAAAUAACACUGCAUUCAAAUACAAAUGUAUAUCAUGUGUUUUUUUAAGGCCACAGUGUUGUUGACGAAUGUGCUGAGUUUGGUAUUGUUUGUUAAUUGUGCGUGUGCACCACUGCUAGCGUAGCAGCAUCAGCAAAUCGUUUGUUUAAAUAUAAUGGCAAUGUGUUUAAAACAACAAAUCUAAAAUAAACUCCCAAAAUGAACUUGGUAAAAUUUUAAAUCUGAUGUCUGGAUAAGAAAUGAGAUCAGAAACUCAUCCCUAUUACAUACUAAAACACAUCUUUUUUAGGAUGCAAGUCAUGGAUUAAAAAAAAACAAUUCCUUUAUUUUCAGGGGGGGAGGGGCACUUCGAUGCUUUUAAAAUCUGACUUUCUGACAUCAAUGCAGUGGCUCAGUUUGAUGGACCAGACGUACUUGCAUAAUUUUGUUGGGGGGUGGGGGGAGAGUACGUAAGUGAACUAAAGCACCUGGUCAAUCUCAAAACUUCCAUUAGCUUUUUGUGAUGUCUGAAACUCUGCCUCGAAAUGUCCAAUGUUAAAGGAAAAGUCAAUUCCAUUAAAAGUCGUAGCUCUCCGUUCCACCGCAUUUUAUUUGUAGGGGAGGAGGGAAAGCACUCGGAGGCGGAUUCACGGUGUUUUCGAUUGCUGGCUGGAAUUUUUUAAAAGCACCGCGGAAUGAAUUUAGAACUUUCACGACGCACGGUUUGUAUUAACCGUUUUCUAUCAAAGCAUUCAAACGCAGUCGCCAUCCAUGAAACUAAACGAAACUAUUUUUUUUAUACCAGGUAAGGCCCACUGAGCUAUGUACCCUUAUUUAAGACGCGACCUGGCUAUCGCAAAUGAUAGCUCAACGAAGCGGUUGAUCAUCGCGCCGACUCUAAAUGUGGAGGGGAAAACACCGGAUGACCUGGAGAAAAAUCCACGCAGCCACGGGGAGAGGGACACGCAAAUUCCAAGUUUGUAGGCGUCAGGGUCGGGAUCGAACUUAUAAUCUCCUGUAUACCAUGCGAGGUAGUUAACAUCUCGCCACCGUAGCACCCACUCGCGGUUUUGAAAACGCUGUCAUUCAUCACACUUCAUCCACAGUGUCCGUCUUCUCAGCAGCGUUUCCAACCCAUCCUUUUGGCUGCCAUUCUUCCACCAGGCUCACACAAUGGCCAGUUUCGUGAAUACAGUUUCGUCCUUUUCUUGAGCGUCUCAAUCGGGAAGAACUGGACCAAUGCCACUUCUGGAUUGAAAAUUAAUUUCUUUAGAACUGCUUUUUGUAUUUUGGUUUGCUGUCCUUCCCCCGCACCUCCGAUUAGCACUGUUGGCUAUGUACGGUGCGAAAGAAGUUCAACUUACAUACAACAUACAUGCUCAGACGUACUUAGCUAUGAUGACGUGGUUUGUUCAAACCCAAUCUUCUUCAGUCAAAUGUGAUGUUUCUGAUUUGCGUUUUUUUGACUCGAUCAAAGUCUUCAUUUUCGUCUCGGUGUAAUAUGAGUUGUCCAUCUCUCCAUGUUUCUUUCUGCACUUAGCAGUUUUUUUUUCUCCCAGUCUUAUUUUGUAGUGUUUCUCAAUUCACAGGUUACAGUUGGCAAUGCGUACUGAUUGAAAACCUUCCUCUUGGGGCACAUUCCUAUCUGCUUUUUAUUACGGAAUUAACUUUUUUGAAUGAGCACUCCAUCUGGUUCUUGCUCACCUCUUUAUCUUUUCAUUUCCAUCAGAUACAUUUUAAAAAAUGCCCUGGGUAUAGACUGAUUAUGUAUAUUUUGCUGCAUUUUCAAAUUUGCAUCCAAUCGACGGUUAUUUCAUGUGGUUUUGAACAGUACACCUUUCACAUCGUGAGCACUCUGUGUUUCAGUCCAAGGACCAAUCAAAUGUCACCCUGCUGAUCUUAUAUGAUGGCAGAGUGGCUCAGUGGUAACACUUGUACCUCACAGCUAAAAUGACAUAGGUUCGGAUCCCGACUUGGGUGCCUUUCUGUGCGUAAUGCCUACGUUGCCUCGCUGCCCUGUAUGGAUUUUCUCUGGCUUCUCUGGUUUAUUGCAUAGCUAAAUAAAUAAAAAAAACAUCCAUCAGUCUAACUCGUAAUGGCCAAAACAUCCGAUGACUAAAAAAAUACAAAUUUUCUCAAUAGGAAAAUCUCCUCUUCCGAUUGAAAAAAAAGUAUUGACACCCAAUGAGGCUUUCCUGGGUAAACAAAUGUAAUAAUAAUGAAUACAUAUGCAGAUGCGGUAAAAAGCAUGUGUUAAAUACUCAAUCUCAAACUACACACUUCAGUGACAUAACAUGCAAAUGUUCACGUGGAACAGAAAAAAAAUCUUCAAUCCCGAUUCUAGGAGAAUAAAUUAGACACCAGUUGCAUAGCAUAUAUUCACGAGUGGUGAAAGGUCAGGGGCGAUGGGGUUAAUGCAUUUUACUGACACCAAAUCCCAUUAUCACAGCAAAUGCCAGUAUAAACAAAACAUUCCAAAAUUCGUGUCACGACUGAAAGACGUAAAUAUAUAUAUAUAAACGUUUUUAAAAAUGCCACUGUAAUGUCACACUUCUGUCAGUAUUAAAAUAUCUACAUUUGACAGCUUACUAUGAGUACCAACACGAUGACAAAGGGAGCUUGAGGAGGCAAGAUGCACUUGUGAGCCAAGCCAGUCUGGGGCCCUCGCGGUACAGGUGGGGUUUUUUUCCACUGGCCAUUUACCGAGCCGAGCCAGAACCAAACUGUGGCCACAACAAGCCAACCGAAUCUGGCUUGAGGCCAAGCAGGGCCAGUGGGCGGGGGCUGGGGGUUAGAUAGCGAUAUGAUAUGGCAGGGUCGCGUCGGUGCGGGUGGAGCCACGGGGACACACCAUGGCAUAUGCUGUGUGCCUCCCUGAGCUUCAUGGCUGCAUCUCACCUGAUCGCAAAUAGACAUCACAACGAUUAACCACGAUUAACGCCACAUUACGCUGAUUGCUGCUGGCAUCCUGACAUUCCAGCGCUGAAAAAACACCGCUCCUAGAUUCCACAAUGCCAUAUGACAUAAUAAUUGUUAAAUUAAUUACCGGGUUUUUUUGUUUGCUCGCUGUCGUAUUAUCUGGUUGCUUCGUUCUUGUUUCCUCGUCGUACUGCGGUUGAUUGUCGUGGUGUCCGACGUUUCGCUCCGCAAUGGAAUUCAGUUCGUGAAGAAGGUUCCGGCACGUGUAGCAAAACGUGCCGAACAACUUGCAGUACGACCUUAAAACGCAUCGGAGAAAUACACAGCAGCAGAAUCACAACUGCACGAACACCGACACAGUCGUAGACAUGAGGAAUAUUAUUGUUGUUGCUUGACGUGUGAUAUCAAUGUGACGUUAAAUGCCAUGGGCCUUAAUGAUUUAAUAACGCUACGUUGUGUGUCCGUUCUUGUGCCAAAAUUCUUCAAAGUUUGCAAACAGCCCAAGAUGUUUGACUCCGAUUGUUACUCUGGCUUUUUAGACCUUGUCCUGAUUUUGCUUGAUGUAGUCACAAGCGGAAACAUCGCGUGUGUAAUUGCUAAGUUUGGUUGUGGGGAUUUGUUUUUCAACUUACCAGUGAGCUGAGCGAAUCACAAUUGGCGUGUUAAACGCUGGUAUACGUGACAAUUUAAUUUGUUUGGCUGUGUCGGCUGGUGGAGCAUUCCUUGCGACAUAGAUUUGGCCCUGAUAAUUCACUAUGUAACACAAUUUUUUGUUCCUGGGUACUAAGUGUUAUUUUUUAAUUGCUCAUGCCUAAAAAGUAUAGAAAACGGCUUUUAUUCCCCACAAACUUUGCUUUUGUGACCAGGACUGUAAUGUGAACGAAAGACACAAAUACACACGUUUUCUCAUUGAAAAUAUGUAAAUUUCAAAAUAUCACUGUCCUGGUCACAAAAGCAAAGUUUGUGGGGGAAUAAUAACCAUUUUCUAAACAUUUGAAUCAUAAGCAAUUAGGAAAUUACACGACCCAGGAACAAAACUUUUUUGUUAGACAGUGUUAUUAAUGGAGUGGAUUAUUAACUUUGCUUUUGUGUGCUGGUGAAAAAAGCAAAGUUCGUGGGGAAUAAUAGCCAUUGUAUAUGUACUUUUGAGGCAUAAGCAAUUCAGAAAUAACACUUACUACCCAGGAGCAAAACAAAUUGUUGCACAGUGUAAUUACUUGGCCUAGCCCCAAAGUCAAUGACGAAACAUAACAGCGGCUGAGAAAACCCACGGACUGGGUCGCUCAUGAUGAAGCCUAUUUGUAAAUGAUUUAGCUGCCGUGGCAGGACGUCCGUACGAGUGAGAUGGACGCAUCUGUAAGAAGUGCAGGACUGCUGGCGGAGCCCUAAGAGAUGCCCCCUGUAUAGGGAAUUCGGCCCACACUUCAAUGCUGGCCAGAUAUCGUUCGAGAGGUGGGACCAAUUGAUUGACGUGUGGUGCCUCCCCAUCACCAGUGCUGGGCAGACAGAUGUGGGGUUGGAUUUGAGAACAAUUAGCCGAUUGUUGCCACUGAUGCGCCAGGAGACGGAAUCGAACGGGCGACUUCUGGAUUGCAAGUCCAGUGCGCUGCGAACCACCGCAACCACAUCCCGAGUGACUGUAGGCAAUGUAAAUAAUGUUUGUUCAAACCGAGAUAGAUUUAUAUCAGCACGUCCGAGGUAAAUGUGCCCCUUGUUUGUCAAGCUGCUGCUGAAUGAGGGCCUCCCCACGACCGGAUUGGUCAAGAAAGGGGACAUGCGCAGACAUUUGGGGCAGAGCACAGUUGCAACGAUGGAUUUUCGUAUCUUCUCAAGAUUUACAUGGCCCCUUUAAACCAGGGGGUGAUUUUCAUCAGUGAUGAAACAAAAAAAUAGUACGUGCGGUGAGAGCGGUUGAGAUGUUUUUUUUAUUUAAAGUGGGGUUAUUGAAAGUGAUAUUUUAGCUACGGUGAAAGU